AUGGGUCGCCUCACCUUUAGACCCCCAUCCAUCACAAAACUUGUGGUAUGGUGCUUCCUUUUGACAUUCCAUAGCUCAGCAGCUCCAGGAAAGCAUAGCUCCCAUGCUCUUGCUGAAGACCGCCUCUUCAAACAUCUCUUUAGGGGCUACAAUCGCUGGUCGCGCCCAGUUCAGAACACUUCUGAUGUGGUGAUCAUCCACUUUGGGCUCUCCAUUGCCCAACUCAUUGAUGUGGAUGAAAAGAAUCAGAUGAUGACGACCAAUGUCUGGCUGAAACAGGAGUGGAGUGACUAUAAGCUACGCUGGAACCCAACUGAAUACGGCAACAUUACAUCGAUCCGGGUCCCUUCAGAGAUGAUCUGGAUUCCUGACAUUGUCCUCUACAACAAUGCUGAUGGGGAGUUUGCAGUGACUCACAUGACUAAGGCUCACCUGUUCUUCACGGGCACAGUGAAGUGGGCACCCCCAGCAAUCUAUAAAAGCUCCUGCAGUAUUGAUGUGACUUUCUUCCCCUUUGACCAGCAGAACUGCAAGAUGAAGUUUGGCUCCUGGACCUAUGACAAGGCCAAGAUCGACCUUGAGCAGAUGGAAAAGAUGGUAGACCUGAAGGAUUACUGGGAGAGUGGGGAGUGGGCCAUCAUCAAUGCUGUGGGCACCUACAACACUAAGAAGUAUGACUGCUGCGUUGAGAUCUACCCCGACAUCACCUAUUUCUUCAUUAUCCGGAGGUUGCCUCUCUUCUAUACCAUUAACCUCAUCAUCCCAUGCCUCCUCAUCUCCUGCCUCACUGUCCUGGUGUUCUACCUGCCAUCAGACUGCGGUGAGAAGAUCACCCUCUGUAUCUCAGUCCUACUGUCACUCACUGUCUUCCUGCUGCUCAUCACUGAGAUCAUUCCCUCCACUUCCUUGGUCAUUCCACUCAUUGGCGAGUACCUACUCUUCACCAUGAUCUUUGUCACACUCUCUAUUGUCAUCACUGUCUUUGUCCUCAAUGUUCACCACCGAUCUCCAGGAACCCACAUCAUGCCCCACUGGGUGAGGGUUGCCUUUCUGGGCUGUAUACCCCGAUGGCUUUGGAUGAAUCGGCCCCUUCCUGUCCUGGAGCUGCAUCACAAUCCUGUCCAAAAGCUCAGUACCACUCAUCGUUGGCUGGACACCAAUGUAGAUGAGAAAGAGGGUGAAGAGGAGGAAGAAAGCUGGGAAUUUUCUGGCCAUUCAUCACCAGUAAUUGAUACCCUCUAUUGUCACUGUGGCCAUCACCAUGGUUCUCCAUGUUCCAAGACAGGGACUCAGUUACCAGAGACUGGAUUCUUUGUGCCCCCCAGCAUCCAAAAAGCCUUGGAAGGUGUGCACUAUAUUGCUGAUCAUCUGAGGACUGAGGAUGCUGAUUUUUCGGUGAAGGAAGACUGGAAAUAUGUUGCCAUGGUGAUUGACCGGAUAUUCCUCUGGAUGUUUAUCAUUGUUUGCUUCCUUGGGACCAUUGGCCUCUUUCUUCCUCCACUUGAAGCUGGCAUGAUCUAAAAGCACAAGUCAACUGAUCCAUGGGUGACAUUUCUGAUGCCUUGUAGCUUCUCUGGAUAUCUGUAACUAUAUUUGCAUUUUUACUAAGACACUGGGGGAAUAGGAGGUACUAAUUCAGCCAGUCAUUUGAGAGUUGGUAUAAUGAGGCCACUGGCUAUUCCAUCGUGAAAGUCCCAAUCUGGACUGCCAUGAAGCUGAUGAUUAUUUCAUUCAUUCAUUCAGCAAAUAUUGAGUACCUAUUGUAAACACAGCAUUAUUCUAUGUAUCAGUGGGAACAUGAAAAAAAAGUAAGAUGUAGUCCCUGCUCUCCAGGAGCUUACAAUCUAGUUGGGGAGAGAAAAUAUACAUGGAACAGUUAAGUUACAAUACAAGGUAUUGAUUAGACUAGGGAAAUGAAUGAGACCAACUACAAGAUCUAUAGCAAUGGAAGGGGAGGAGAAUUGGAAAUGUUGGCUGAUGUGGGAGAAGACAAAAGUUGGACUUUGAAAAGUAGAAACCAUUUGGGCAAGUGGACAGAAGGAACUCUAGGAUUGCUGGUGUGAAGGAAAAUAGAAACUUAUUGUGAAAACAAGCAAGGAUUAUAGGAUCACAGAUUUAAACCUCAAAGAUCACCUUGUACAUCUU